AUGUUCGCCAUCUCCACCCAGACUCUCACCGCGCGCCCCGUGGCGCUUCGCGCGCGCUCCGCCGCGUCCCGAUCCCCUCGCGCCUUCCGCAUCGCGACCGCGGCCGCCAAGAAGGACGCGCCGAAGGAGGAGCCGAAGGAGGAGGCCGGCAUCGACUUCAAGGGCCUCAAGCAGCUCAUCUCCAUGGGCCUCGGGACAAUCUCCGGGGACAUCACCGAGAUCAACCUGAAGGACCCGACGCGCACGGUGGUGAUGGAGCUGGAGGCGAACAACUUCGAGGACAAGGACGGCAACCCGCUGUGGAAGCCCGACGAUAAGGGAUACGUGGCGGAGAGCGGCGAGGCGACGCCCGUGAUGAACUACGUCGUGCCGGUGGUGCUCGGCAUCGGCGCCAUCGGAGGUGUCGUGGCGACCCUCAACGCGCUGUAA